AAGUGGGGUAUAAAUAGGACCAGGGUGGAGGUAUGUUUUUAUUGAUCUCAGACAACUGGAGAGAGAAUCUGCACUGACUGAAGACUCGUGUGGGAAAAAAACAACAACACACGCAGUGUGUGUGUUGGUGGGGAGGAGCGAUGUGGAGGUUUCUCAGUCUCACCCUGCUGGCCGGCCUGUUGGUGGGCUGUCGGGGUGAGAGUGAGACGGACGGAGCGAGAUGUAAACCUGCGGCCGUGUGGAAGAUCGGCGAGGUGGAGCCGCUGAAGGACAGCCUGGGCCGAGUGACUGUGGUGGCCUUCCUCCAGGCCAGCUGAUUGCUCUGCCUGUCACAGGCGGCCAGAUUGGACGCGUUGCGGCAGAAACUGGAGGAUGCAGGCUUUGUAAACAUCACGUACAUGGUAGUGAACAGCCAGGAUGAAACCUCACGCCGUCUUCACUCUCUGCUUGAGAAUAAACUCUCAGAUAACAUCUCUCUAUACAAGCAGAACCCUGAAGAUCCUGACGUGUGGAGCAUAGCCAACGUUGAGAAGGACGACUUCCUGAUCUAUGACAGAUGUGGACGUCUCACACAUCACCUGUCUCUGCCGUAUACGAUUCUGAGCCAGCCGCAUGUGGAGGAGGCCAUCAGAAACGCCUACUGCACUGCCAUGUGUGGAGACUGCGAGCUGGAGCGCUCUGAUCACCUGGAAGCAUGUAACAGGACUAAGGAGGAGAAAACAGAGGAGGAACCACCAACACCAGAAGAAAAUGAGCAUCGUCAUCAUCAUCAUCAUCAUCAUCACCACGGCCAAGAAGGUCAUCACCAUGGCGGUCAUCACCAGGAUGGUGGACAGAGGCAUAGUCAUGGUGGCUCAAAUCACCAACAUGGUCAUGAGGGCCAAGUCAUUGUAGGGCAGGUCCAAAGAGGCUCUUUAGAUCUGGGUGAGGUUCAGAGGAGGCAGUUUGAUUUAGGACAGGCCCAGGUGGGGCAGGUAGAUUUGGGACAGGUUGGAAUUGGACUGCGAGAUCUGGAACAUGUAGCCGAUGGUGAAAGAAUCCAUCAGGUCAUGCAGCGUCCCUGAGCUUCCAGGUGAAAAUUCCCAUUCACGUGUCAGCAGGGGGCACUCUCAGGCCCCUCCAUCUGAUGCUGACACUGACGCCGUCUGAUUGGCCAGCACCUUAAUAAGAGGCCAAUCUGACGCUGUGAUGAGCCGCUGGCUGCUCUCUGUCUCUGACAGGGGCUCACGGCUGACGAUAACAACGUCAAGGAAACCUGACAGUGACGCCCCGCCCACCUGGGUGACUGACAGCCGGCUCAGCCAGUCUGAGCCUGACCUGCAGGGAUAAGCCAAUGAGAAUGACAAGUGAUAUAAGCAGGGAAGAGAUCUUAGACUAAUGACACACUGGCAACUUUCCUCUAGGAGCAGUAGAUCGACAGUACCCCCUGGUGGGCAAAUCUGACCAACCCGAGACCAGAAUUCCAUCCAAUAUUCCACUGGUGAUAGAUUAGGAUCUUAAUAAAUGAUGAUAGACUAUCAUUUCUUACAAUUUCACUUAGCUGAAAUGCUAACUGCACUAUGUAGCAACCAGCAGAUGGUGGCUAGUUAGCAAGUUAGUCCUCACUGGCCCACAAUUUUAUUAGCAACAAGAAAACAAUUAUUAGCAACUCAAACUGUGUCAGAAAGUUGCCAGUGUAUCAAGGUAUCACCUGGACCCUGACAGGAAUUCACCAACAAGUAUUGACACCUCAGUUUGCCUCAGGAAUGAACCAGCACCUCGAUGGCUGAUUAGCGAUCUUCACUCCUCAUCCUAAAAACAACAACAAAGUUUAAUCUUCCACAAUGAAAAAAUAUCUAAUGCAUGAAAAGCUCUUGAAUAAAUAAUAACUAGCGAGAGCUACGCCUCUCUGUUUCUAACCCAAAGUUUCCAUCAACUCUACAGGAUGUUCAGAGUUUCGGCUUGUGAGCAGAUUAUAAAAGCGUUGUAGUCUCUGACAUCUCCCCCUCCCCCUCCUAGUUAAGAACAGUUUGGUCCAGGUUUUCCAUCUUCAUACUUAAUAUCUGGACGGCUUUGUUGUUGAAAGAGUUUCUGAAAAUCUUUACGUGUGUGACAUCACACACAGGUGAAUUUCCCCAAAAAGACAGGUCAGUAUAUCCAAUAAAUACGCUAACUUCCUGAAUACACGUAGACGUUCUAAACUCGUGGUGUUGGUUCAUGCUGGUGGUGAUCUGAGCGUCCAUGUUGGCGUCGUUCCUCCUCCGUUGUGACUCUCCGUGGCUUUAAUGAUGUCAGGCGCACAAACUACACCGUAGUGGCGUCUGUCUGAUCCUCAGCCAAUCAGAGAGAACGAGGAACAUCGCACAACAUGACACACUGGAAAUGUAGAUGAUUUAGGAGUGAGUGCUAGCAUCGCUUUAAUCGUUUUAAAUGUCAUGAAUCACUGCUAUAUGCUCGUUAGUAUAAUACAGAAAGCUAAGCUUAGUGACACUUUCUGCAGUGUCUAUAACACACACACACACACACACACACACACACACACACACUACUAGAGGGAUGUGUGAGACACUUUGAGUACUACAUGAAGGUCUUUUGGGAAAGUUCAAUACACCAGAAAACCUGAUGCACUGUAGGAGAAAUGUUCACACGCACACUGUUUAUGAUGGACGUGUGUGUUUGUGUGUGUGUGUGUGUGUUCUCAGUGAUUACAACUGCAGUUAAAUUGUGUUAAAUCUUCACAAAUAAAUGAUAUUUUUCAUCA